AUGGCAGUCAGUGCCAGCGAUGGCCACGAGAUGCCUGAUCUGGGUUGCAUCAUGGGCAAGUACGAGGAAGAGAAGAAGAAGCGACUGCGGGCGGAUGGAAGCGCCCAGUAUAUCGACCUCGAGCUCGAGCCGGCGGGUCCCCUCAGCAACCUGGCCCAGGAUCCAUGGGUCGACCAUGAGACCCUCAACGCGCAGGCGCCCAAUCUUGCCGAUGGCGACGACAUCAAGCUCCUCAUCCUCGGCGCCGGGUUUGGCGGCCUGCUCCAUGCCGUCCGCCUCGUUGAGGCCGGCUUCGCCCCCGGCGACGUGCGCAUCGUCGACACGGCCGGCGGCUUUGGCGGCACUUGGUACUGGAACCGCUACCCGGGCCUUAUGUGUGACGUCGAGAGCUCUAUAUACCUGCCCCUGCUCGAGGAGAUGGGCUACACGCCCAAGCACCGCUUCUCCUAUGGCCCCGAGAUCAGGCGUCAUGCCGAGGCCAUCGCCGUCCACUGGCGUCUCGCCGACAAGGCCGUCUUCCGCACCCACGCCCGCUCUCUGGCGUGGGAUGAAGAUGCCAGCCGGUGGCGCGUCUGCUUGGCCCAAGCCCGCGGUCUGGCCAAGAGCGAUGUUGUCAACAUGAAUGUAUGCGCCCAGUUUGUUGUCCUCGCCAAUGGCGUCCUUAACCACCCCAAGGCGCCUAAGAUCCCCGGAAUCGGUGACUUUGCCGGCCCCAUGAUGCAUACAGGCCGGUGGGACUAUGGCAUUAGCGGCGGCUCGCCUGAUAAUGCCUCCCUGAUGGGUUUUAAGGGCAAGCGCGUUGGCAUUAUCGGCACCGGCGCCACGGCCGUGCAGUGCGUGCCCGAGCUGGCCAAAUGGGCCGGCCACGUCCUUGUGUUCCAGCGGACCCCGUCGGCCGUCGACGAGCGCGGCCAGCGCGAGACAGACCCAGAGGCCUGGCAGGCCAUGACGGCCUCGCCUGGCUGGUGGAGGGCGCGCAAUAACAACUGGAACAGCAUUAUCUGCGGCUACCCGGCCGAGGACAACCUAGUCAACGACGCCUGGUCCGCCAUCGGCGCCUAUAAACACCUCGUCGGCGGGCCCCAUGAGCAGCCCGUCGGUCUACAGGGCGUCGUCGGCCUCAUCCAGCGAGCCCUGGCCAUUGACGCCCCGCGCAUGGAGCGCCUGCGCCGGCGCGUCGACGACAUCGUCACCAAGGACGCCGCGACGGCCGAGGCGCUCAAGGCGUGGUAUCCCUCGUGGUGCAAGAGGCCCUGCUUCCACGACGACUAUCUUGCCACCUUCAACCGCUCCAACGUGACCCUCGUCGACACGGCGGCUAAGGGUGUCGAGCGCUUCACCCGCACCGGCGUCGUCGUCGGUGGUCAAGAGCAUGAACUCGACAUCGUCGUUCUCGCCACCGGCUACCGUUCCCCGUCGACCGACAUGGGCGAACCAAGCGGCGUGUCCAACGCCACCAUCACGGGAUGCGCCGGGGCCCAGCUCGCCAGCAAGUGGCUGUACCAGGGCGCCACCACCCUCCACGGCAUUCUUACCCACGGCUUCCCCAACCUCAUCCUCAUGGGGCCCGCCCAGGUUGGCGUCUCGGCCAACUUCGUCUACGGCCUCGACAACCUCGCCAAGCACGUCGCCUACGUCCUCUCCGAGGCUCUCGCUCGCGCCCCUGACCAGGCCCGCGCCGUCGUCGAGGCCACUGAGCAGGGCGAGGCCGAGUGGACGGAGCGUAUUCUCACCCGCAGCGCCUGGAUGGCCCCGCUCGGCAUCUGUGGCCCCAGCUACUUCAACAACGAGAGCGACCCGGCCCAGAGUUCGCCCGAGGAGCAGACCAAGAGCGCCCGCGGCGCAUACUACCCUCAGGGCAUCAUCGAGUAUGAGGAGGUGCUGGAGCGUUGGCGACGCGAGGGGUCCAUGCAUGGACUCCUUGUCCGAUAG